AUGAUACCAAGUAAGAUAGCCUAAUUUCAAACGUUGAACUGUGAAGGUUCAUGUGUUUUGAUAAUCGGUCACAACAAUCGUGGAGUUUUUAUAUUGUAUAGGAUACUGAAAUUGCAUGCAUGCACUGCAAAAAGAUUGGUUCAAAAUGCACCCACAUGCAGUGAUUUAAAAAAUUAAGUAAAAGAACUCAAAUUUAUGAGCAAAUUUACUCAUUUGAAUUAGUAAAUUUAAAACUUUACUAAAAAAUCGAGUAAUAUUGCUAAAAAGUUUGUGUAUUUUGAGUCACUGCAUGCAUGCAUGUGGCCUGGUUACUCAAAUGUUUUGGUCGAAAUAUACUCUGGGAGUUUUUGCAGUGUGUUAAUUGAUUCCUUAUUAAUAAACUAAUUCCUUAUUAAUAAACUAACGUACAUGGAAAACGUAUAUAUAUAUAUAAGUUUAUAUUUUCCCAGCAAACAAUUUCGGGAGAUAUAAAAGAGGGAGAACAAGCACACUCCGAAAAUUAACAUCUUGUAUAUUCAAGAUAUAAGCGAUUAAAAAUAAAAUAAAGACACAAAAUUUAAUGUGAUCUUUUGACUCUGCUUUAUACUGACUCUAUUUCAAAGUGCUUUUUUAAUAGAGUCCGGCGAAAUAUUACCUCAUACAUUUUGCGUCUAUAUAGCUUGUUUUUAAUAGCUCAUUUAUGUUGAGUUUAUUAAAAUUACAGUAAUACGAGACUUCCGAUAGUUAAGCUAAAACUUGCAUGAACUAUGAUUAUAAAUUGCAGAAGAACUAGAAGACCUAUAUUGCCAAAAUCCAUGAGAGGCCAGACAACUUUCCUAGUGCCCUAAUAUAUAUAUAUAUAUAUAUAUAUAUAUAUAUAUAUAUAUAUAUAUAUAUAUAUAUAUAUAUAUAUAUAUAUAUAUAUAUAUAUAUAUAUAUAUAUAUAUAUAUAUAUAUAUAUAUAUAUAUAUAUAUAUAUAUACAACUUGCAUGAGAGGGGUCAUUGGAAAAUGCCUUUAUCAAAAUGCAACAGCACAUGGUCUUUUGCUUAAAUCUACAUGUACCUUUGUGUCUUGACAAACAACGACCAUGAAUAUUUGGCACGGGAUCUUUCAUUGUUGACACAUACUGUACCUAACAACAUGACUUCAGCGAGAUUUUCGAUUAAAUUACCCCUAUAGCGUAGGGUAUAUUUGUUUAUUGCCUAUACAAAGGCGAAAUUUAAUUGUUAACUUCCAAAAGAGUCAUUUUAUCAGUUUAUAAUAUAACAGUGACUUCACACGGUGUUAGACGUACUAAUAACCCAGUGGCUAUAACGCUCACCGUGCGGGCUUGUAAACGCUUCAUCAUUUCAGGCUGUGGAAAAUAUUGUUUUGGCAAGUUCUUUAAUUAAAAAUGUCAAGAUUGUUAAAAUUUUAUGCCAUAUUGAAAGUCCAGCAUCAGCUCCACCUUUGAAUUUACUAGCCUAUAUGAGUAAAUUGUUAAACACGUCCGAAAUUAUGAAUACAAUAAAUUCGUGCAAUAACUUAUUGGGAUAGAUGAACCUAACCCUAAUUUAACCCCAACUCUAACCCCUAACCCUAAUAUAAUCUUAAUCUAACCCUAGUCUAAUCUUAAUCUGACACUAAUCUAAACUUGAUGACCUUUUUUAUGAUUUUCAAAUCCAGUUGAAGGAUUUUCGUAGAUGGAAAUUUUGAGUGCGGAAGAUUACAUACAAUUCUAUACCUAAAAUCAGGAGCAGCUGCGAACUAUAUAUCACUAUAUAUAGUAACUCCAGAUGAAGGGCCUUCGCUCGAAACGUCGAAAUUCUCCUUGUAUAUUUUCAGAUAUUUGCAUCCCUACCAACGAAAGCUUGUUAAACUAUAUAUAGGCCCUCGAACCUGCGGUCCUGUUCGAUUCCUUAUGCCAGAGGGCCAAGAGGGAUGCCAAAAAAACUUAUUUUUAAAUUAUUCCCUAUUGUCGUUUCCUCGCAUGGCAUUGGCUAACGUGAACCUAUACCAUUAUCUUUCAUUGCUUCAUAUAUAUCAUCAUAUUUCCUAAUAACAAAAUUUCAUCUUUAAAUAUAGGCUCGGACGAUAGCGAUGGUAAAGGCUCUAAUUUAGAUAUAGUAAUGGAACUUCAACAAGCAGAAAUAUCGGGCAUGGGGUCUGGCGAUUCUAUUGAAAAAGUACCUGAAUUUAAAGAUCGCCAAAGUGAAAUAAGAUGGAAAUUGAACAAAGUCAGAAAACAAUUGAACUCUGCCAAGACAUACUCAAAACUCGCUAGAAGAAUGAAAGAGUCGUUAAAACUAGGAAUGGACAAAAACCAAGGAGAAAUUGAGAAAAUCAUUAGGAAAGCAGAAACGUCUUUGGUUCACACUGGUGAACAAAUGGGGCUAGAUUAUAUGCAUUUCAAGAGAGAAGCUGAGUAG